AUGGCCAUGGCUGGCUUGAAGCGUCGACAGAAGUCCCCCAAGCGCAAGCAUCCGGUGACAGUGGCACAUAUUAAGCAGAUCCAACUGGGGUUGGACACUGGGCUGUGGGAUGACUUGCUGUUACUCACCGCGGUGUCUUUCGGUUUCUCCUUUUUGCUGCGUGCCUGUGAAUACCUGUCAAAGGAUGGUGUGGUCCACGAGGACAAGGUCCUCCGCAUGGAGCAUCUCCACAUCUUCCAGGCAGGUCACAAGUUGGGGUGGGAACAAAUUAUGGCAGCGGACGAGUUGGUCAUCCACAUCCCAGGCUCCAAAACAGACAUCUACAACGACGGUUACAAGCUCAAUAUCAAACUGCGAGCAGGUGACACGCCGUCUGACAUCAACCCGUUAUGCCUCCUUAGGCAGCUGUACACAAUGAACCCAGCCCGCUUCGGAGCCAACGGGUCCAAGCGGCCCGUGUUCUGCUUAGCCUGCGGUAGGGUCCUGGAGCGUAGCACAGUUAACACAGCGCUCAAAGCAGCGGCGGUGGCUCUGGGUCUGGACCCUGCUGAUCACGCCACCCAUUCGCUGCGGGCUGGUGGAGCUACAGCCUUGUAUGCCAUCGGGUGGCCCCCUUCAAAGAUCCAGCGUCGAGGGCGGUGGCUGUCUGAUUGUUGGUCUCAUGGAAGACGUGGUCUCCAGUCCGGCCCCCUUGUUCCAUAUUUAAAAAAAAAGAAAAAUUACUUUCCUCAUUAUGUUGCAGAACUAGAUUACACUGGUCGGGUGGUGCACCAGUUGGUGCGUGAGAAUCAUCUGCAGCUAGUUGAGUUUCCUGAUUUUGAAGCAGCUGUGGCGGCGCUGUCGCAAGCUGUUCAGAACCGGGCUGUGGAGACGGGCGUCGAAUUGUCGAUUUGUGACGAGGAGCGGGCACCUGACCAAGUCGUGGGUGAUUUUCGGGUGAAUGACAAGGAGUUGAGUGCUCCUGUCACUAUGGCACAGGUCCAGAGCAUGUUGGAUACGCGAGAUGCGACCAACGAGCGAGACUUCGAGACGAUGCUGGACAAGAAUAAUGUAACGUUAACAGCCAGCAUUACAGAGAUAGUGAAGCAGCAACUGACAGAAGCGCUCGCGGCGGCCCGCGAGCGGCCGCCGCAGGCCGCGGCCCCGGCGCCAAAAUCCGUUUAG